CCGUUCAGCCCCGGAGCGGCCGCAGACAUGGGAACCGAGCGCUGAGGAGACGCGGCGGCGGGGCCGAACAACGGCAGAAACAUGGGAGUCGCGCUGCGGAGCUUCUUGUUGUUGAGUUUUUCUUUUGUCAUACGAGUUGCAGGCGAGCCGCUGCUCCUGUAUGCGAACCGCCGGGACCUCCGCCUGGUGGACGCCGCCCACGAGAAGGCCAACGACUCGUUGGUGGUGGGGGGGCUGGAGGACGCCGCUGCUGUGGAUUACGUUUACGCCAAGGGCCUCAUCUACUGGAGCGACGUGAGCGAGGAGGCCAUCAAACGCACGUUCUUCAACCAGUCCGGCGCCGGCCCGGUCCAGACGGUGGUGCAGGGCUUGGCCUCCCCGGACGGCCUGGCUUGUGAUUGGCUGGGGAGCAAACUUUACUGGACAGACUCAGAAACCAAUCGGAUCGAGGUGGCGGAGCUGGACGGGUCUCUGAGGAAGGUUCUGUUCUGGCAGGAGCUGGACCAGCCCAGAGCCAUAGCCCUGGAUCCGGAGCGAGGGUUUAUGUACUGGACAGACUGGGGGGAGGUCCCGAAGAUCGAGCGGGCCGGGAUGGACGGCACCAACCGCUCCAUGAUCAUCCAUAAGGAGAUCUACUGGCCCAACGGGCUGACCCUGGACUACAGCCAGCAGAAGCUCUACUGGGCCGAUGCCAAGUUCAGCUUCAUCCACCGCUCCAACCUGGACGGGUCCCACAGGGAGGUGGUGGUUGAAGACGAGCUUCCUCACCCCUUCGCACUCACGCUGUUCGAGUCUACGCUCUUCUGGACCGACUGGAACACCCACUCCAUCCACUCCUGCACCAAGGAGACGGGGAGGGGCCAGCGCACUGUGCACUCCAACAUUUUCUCCCCCAUGGACAUCCACGUGUUCAGCCCCCGGAGACAGUCUGUCUCGGUCAACACCCCCUGUUCCCUGGACAACGGCGGAUGUUCCCACCUGUGCCUGCUGGCGCCGUCCAGCCCCUUCUUUCGGUGCGCCUGUCCCACCGGCGUGCAGCUGCUGGAGGACGGCAGGACCUGCAGAGACGGUGCGACCCAGAUGCUGCUGCUGGCUCGGCGGACCGACCUGCGGCAGAUCUCUCUGGACACGCCGGACUUUACGGACGUGGUGCUGCAGGUGGAGGACAUCCGUCACGCCAUCGCCAUCGACUACGACCCGGUGGAGGGUUACCUGUACUGGACGGACGACGACGUGAAGGCGAUCCGCCGCUCGCGGCUGGACGGCAGCGACGCCCAGUUCAUCGUCACGUCUCAGGUUAGCCACCCCGACGGCAUCGCCGUGGACUGGAUCGCCCGGAACCUGUAUUGGACCGACACCGGCACAGACCGGAUCGAGGUGACGCGCCUCAACGGCACCAUGAGGAAGAUCCUGAUCUCUGAGGACCUGGACGAGCCCAGAGCCAUCGUCCUGGACCCUGUGGCGGGAUACAUGUACUGGACCGACUGGGGGGAGGUUCCGAAGAUCGAGCGGGCUGACCUGGACGGGAUGGAGCGGGUGGUGAUGGUGAACACCUCCCUGGGCUGGCCCAACGGGCUCGCCCUCGACUACGACGAACGCAAGAUCUACUGGGGGGACGCCAAGACGGACAAGAUCGAGGUGAUGAACAUGAACGGGACGGGCCGGCGGGUUCUGGUGGAGAACAAGCUCCCUCACAUCUUCGGCUUCACGCUGCUGGGCGAGCACAUCUACUGGACGGACUGGCAGCGCCGCAGCAUCGAGCGCGUCCACAAACGCAGCGCCGAGCGCGAGGUCAUCAUCGACCAGCUGCCCGACCUCAUGGGCCUGAAGGCCACCUUCGUGCACCAGGCCUUCGGCUGGAACCCGUGCGCCGACGGCAACGGCGGCUGCAGCCACCUGUGCCUGCACAAGCCGGGCGGCGUGCAGUGCGGCUGCCCCAUCGGGCUGGAGCUGAUCGCGGACAUGCGCACCUGCAUCGUCCCCGAGGCCUUCCUGCUGUUCUCCAGACACACGGACAUCCGCCGCAUCUCGCUGGAGACCAACAACAACAACGUGGCCAUCCCGCUCACCGGCGUCAAGGAGGCCUCCGCGCUCGACUUCGACGUCACCGACAACCGCAUCUACUGGACCGACAUCACGCUGAAGACCAUCAGCCGGGCCUUCAUGAACGGCAGCGCUCUGGAGCACGUGGUGGAGUUCGGGCUGGACUACCCUGAGGGCAUGGCGGUGGACUGGCUCGGGAAGAACCUCUACUGGGCCGACACCGGUACCAACCGCAUCGAGGUGGCCAAACUGGACGGGCAGCACCGGCAGGUUCUGGUCUGGAAGGACCUGGACAGCCCGCGGGCCCUUGCUCUGGAUCCGGCCGAGGGGUACAUGUACUGGACCGAAUGGGGCGGGAAGCCAAAGAUCGACAGAGCUGCCAUGGACGGAACCGGUCGCAUGACUCUGGUGGGAAACGUGGGCCGGGCCAACGGGCUGACCAUCGACUACGCUGAGCGCCGGCUGUACUGGACCGACCUGGACACCACGCUCAUCGAGUCCUCCAACAUGCUGGGUCUGGACCGGGAGGUGAUCGCAGACGACCUCCCGCACCCGUUCGGGCUGACCCAGUACCAGGACUACAUCUACUGGACGGACUGGAGCCAGCGCAGCAUCGAGCGGGCCAACAAGACCAGCGGGCAGAACCGCACCCUGAUCCAGGGCCACCUGGACUACGUCAUGGACAUCCUGGUGUUCCACUCGUCCCGGCAGGGCGGCUGGAACGCCUGCGCCGCCACCAACGGCCACUGCUCCCACCUGUGCCUCGCCGUGCCGGUCAGCAGCUUCGUCUGCGGAUGCCCCGCCCACUUCUCGCUCAACGAUGACAACAAGACCUGCAGCGCCCCCACCUCCUUCCUGCUGUUCAGCCAGAAGUCGGCCAUCAACCGGAUGGUGAUCGACGAGCAGCAGAGUCCGGACAUCAUCCUGCCCAUCCACAACCUGAAGAGCGUCCGCGCCAUCGACUACGACCCGCUCGACAAGCACCUGUACUGGAUCGACUCCAAGCAGAACCUCAUCCGCCGCGCGCAGGAGAACGGCAACCAGUGCACGACGGUGGUGUCCAGCUCCCUGAUCGGGCCGGGUCAGGUUCUGCAGCUGUACGACCUGAGCAUCGACAUCUACAGCCGCUUCAUCUACUGGACCAACGAGGCCACCAACGUCAUCAACGUGACCCGCAUGGACGGCAGCCGGGUGGGCGUGGUCCUGAGCGGCGAGCAGGACCGGCCGCGGGCCAUCGUGGUUAACCCGGAGAGGGGGUACAUGUACUUCACCAACCUGCAGGAGCGCUCCCCCAAGAUCGAGCGGGCGGCGCUGGACGGCACCGAGCGCGAGGUUCUGUUCUUCCGCGGGCUGGGGAAGCCUGUGGCGCUGGCCAUCGACAACGAGGCGGGAAAACUGUUCUGGGUCGACUCAGACCUGCGGCGCAUCGAGAGCAGCGACCUCUCCGGAGCCAAUCGGAUCGUGAUCGCAGACUCCAACAUCCUGCAGCCGGUCGGCCUCACCGUGUUCGGAGACCACCUGUACUGGAUCGACAAGCAGCAGCAGAUGAUCGAGCGCAUCGACAAGACCACGCGGGACGGCCGCACCAAGGUGCAGGCGCGCGUGUCCUACCUGAGCGACAUCCACGCCGUGCACGAGCUGGACAUGAGGGACUACGGCAAACACCCGUGCACGUGGGACAACGGCGGCUGCUCGCACAUCUGCAUCGUGAAGGGCGACGGCACGACGCGCUGCUCCUGCCCCGUCCACCUGGUGCUGCUGCAGGACGAGCUCUCCUGUGGAGAGCCGCCCACCUGUGCGCCGGACCAGUUCGCCUGCACGUCCGGCGAGGUGGACUGCAUCCCGCAGACGUGGCGCUGCGACGGCUACUCGGAGUGCGACGACAGCAGCGACGAGGAGGACUGUCCGGUCUGCUCCGACGACGAGUUCCAGUGCGACAGCCGCCAGUGCAUCGACCUGAGCCUGCGCUGCAACGGCGAGGUCAACUGCCAGGACCGCUCGGACGAGAACAAGUGUGACGUCCCGCCCCGCUGUCCCGCCGACCAGUUCUCCUGCUCCAACGGUCAGUGCAUCGGCAAGCACAAGAAGUGCGACCACAACAUGGACUGCAGCGACAACUCCGACGAGAUCGGCUGCUACCCGACAGAGGAGCCGCCGCCUCCAACUAACAACACUAUCAACUCCAUUGUGGGCGUGGUCAUGGCCUUGUUCGUGGUGGGCGCCAUCUAUUUCGUGUGCCAGCGCGUCUUGUGUCCUCAGAUGAAGGAUGACGGCGAGACCGUCACCACCAACGACUUCGUGGUCCACGGGCCGUCGUCGAUGCCGCUGGGAUACGUUCCUCAUCCCAGCUCGCUGUCCAGCUCGCUGCCCGGUAUGUCCAGAGGGAAGUCUGUGAUUGAUUCCCUGAGCAUCAUGGGCGGGAGCAGCGGGCCGCCGUACGACCGGGCCCACGUCACCGGGGCCUCGUCCAGCAGCUCGUCCAGCACCAAGGGGACCUACUUCCCUCCGAUCCUGAACCCGCCCCCCUCCCCCGCCACGGUCCGGUCCCAGUACACGCUGGAGUUCGGAUACUCCUCCAACAGCCCGUCCACGCACCGGUCCUACAGUUACCGGCCGUACACCUACCGCCACUUUGCCCCGCCCACCACCCCGUGCAGCACGGACGUCUGCGACAGCGACUACACGCCGGGCCGCCGGGCGCCGCUCAAGUCCGGCAGCGUCGCGAAGGGCUACACCAGCGACCUCAACUACGACUCGGAGCCUUUCCCGCCGCCGCCGACGCCCCGCAGCCAGUACCUGUCGGCGGAGGAGAACUGCGAGAGCUGCCCGCCGUCGCCUUACACCGAGCGCAGCUACUCCCACCACCUGUACCCGCCGCCGCCCUCCCCCUGCACGGACUCCUCGUGAGCCGCUCCGCACCACUCCGCCCCCUCCAUGUAAAUAGCAAUUGUGCAUAUGAGGUCAGAGCGGGACGGCGGUCGGAGCGCCGGCCCCAAAAAGGGAAAGGGAGAAAGGGGCGGAGCCUUUGUACAUUGACCAGAGAAAGCAUAUUUAUAUAUUUUCUAUACAGUCUACUGAGACGCCAUCGAGCUUUGUAUAAGAAUUUGUACAUUUUUUAAGAAAAGCUUUUAUUAAAAUCACCACAAAUAGAAGAUGCCUUAAACCAGGAGCCACGGCCGAAGGACAGAAACAGGCCACACCCACCGCCGCUUCGCGGUUACCACGACGACCAGAGCGGAGCGGACAGCCGCGUUCAGAACAGGCAGGACGUCCUCCUGUGUUCCUCUGUGGGACGGCGAGGAGCUGAGAUGGAACCACGCCCCCCCAGCCCGCCGCCGCUCGCAGCAACCCGAACAUGAGUCUGGUGGUCAUGUGACCGCUGCGCCGCCGGGCUCCUCGUGCCUGAUCAGCUUUGGGUUUCCACGUCGGGGACGAUCUCAGUGCCCAGCGAUAGUAUUUUUGUACCGCGGAGCGUGUAGAUAAACGUAUUUAUAAGCUACUUAGAAGAUCCGUGUGAAAACCGAGUUUCCUCAUUCCGACUUUUUAUAUCGCCUCUAUUUUUCUACUCAGACGCACCGCGACAAUCCCACUACACUUGAACAUAUCCAGGUUUUCUGUCUGCGUCACGAGUCACGCGUGCCAAAACUCGCCGGGUGGGCGGGGCUCAGAGGCCGCGGGGGUGGGGCUAAGACACUGCGUCGGCGUGGCUAAGGCCGUGUGGAUGCAGCUCUGAGCUCUGUGGGUGGAGCUUACAGGCCACAUGGGCGUGACUCUGAGGCCGUAUGGGCGGGGCUUACAGGCCCCAUGGGCGUGACUCUGAAGCCUUGUGGGCGGGGCUUACAGGCCACAUAGGCCUGACUCUGAGGCUGUAUGGGCGGGGCUUACAGGCCCCAUGGGCGUGACUCUGAGGCCGUGUGGGCGGGGCUAGUGUCUCUGCUGCCACGCUCCUUCAUUUAAAACACCAGCAUGACGCGAGACAAUCCGAUGAUAGACAAUAAUCAGUUUGUCGUUUUUCAUGUAGUUCCAGGUUAGAAAAAGCCAAAGUUUGCAUGAAAAGGUCCGUUUGCUCCAAAGGUUUCUUCGUGAACGCGAACAAAACCAGCUGAAGAUGACGUUCAAACUCCUGUCGCCGAGCGUGGAAAUGUUUCCCGCCAUUCUUCAGUGCGGCGCCUCUGGAAACAUCUCUCUGUCGUGAGGCGUUUACAUUUAACCUCUUCGGACCCGAGCUAAUGUAACUAGCUAAACGUGCAGUCACUGUUGAGCAGAGUCCACUCCUGUGGAAAACGACCCAAAACCUGAUGUACAUGUAGGUGGAGCCUCCGAGUCGACCAAUCGGAACGGACUCGCCGACUGAAUUCUGUUUGGACAGAUUUAAUAGUUUCAGUGAAUCCGAGCGCGGCGCCAUCACCAACCGCGUCCCUCCCCCCAGCAUCAGGCAGGUCUGACUGCGUCCUCCUGCAGACGCCUGGUGGGCGGGGCUUCAGGAGCUCUCAUUACUGCACUUUACAGGACGCUGCAGAGCUCCUCCCUCAAAUCAAACUCCUGAAUUCCAGAAGACUCCUCCCAUUCUGAGGUUUCUUCUGUUUAAAAAUGAAAUGUUUCUGCAGGGAGGUACUGGUUCUGAUCCGCUCGCUCACACUGAGAAAAUUGGUGCUUCUGAGGGCGUCCAGGCGGACAUGCAGACUCCUUUCGGGCCAGCGGGAGGCACCGUCAGGCCACCCGGUACAGGAAGUGAAUGAAAAGCUGACAGGAAGUGGGGAUGUUUCUGGUAAAAAGCACUUUUGUCCCCCGCGGUGGGAGGAGACCCGGACUGCUUCCCCGGACGUUUGUGGACGCUUCAUUCCUGCUGACUGUCACCUGAUCUCCACGUGGACCCGUACAGCCCGCCAGCUGCUCCCAUAAGCUCUUGUAACCCGUCAAAUGUUGGUUUAUUUUUUUGCUUUUGUUGAAUAUAAAUUGAACUUGUCCGAG